AUGUACAUACUGUAUGUAACAGUGAAUGCCUUACCGUUUGGCGAUGAGUUUGUACCGGGUGUUGACAACAGUAACAAAUGGGUGGUAUUGUGCUCCGGAAGUAAUGGCUGGGGAAAUUAUGGUGACCAGGCAAUAGUCUACAGGGCGUACCACUUAUUCCGAUCCUAUGGCAUACCGGAAGACCAUAUAAUUGUGUUUCAUUACGACGAUAUCGCUUAUAACAGCCAAAACCCCACACCCGGUGUUGUCAUCAAUGAGAUCGGAGGUCCCAAUGUCUAUAAGGGUGUCCCUAAAGAUUAUACCGGAGAGGAUGUCAACCCUAAAACCUUUUUGAAAGUAAUCCAAGGUGACAAAGAGUUGGCUAACCAGGGUAAAAAGGUUGUCAACAGCGGACCUAAUGAUCACGUGUUUCUAUAUUUUGGAGACCAUGGUUCACCUAACAUGGUCAUUUUCUCAAACGGUGUACUACAUGCUGAUGAAUUAAAUAAUGCAUUCGUAUCAAUGUAUAAGAAUAAUAGGUUCGCCAAACUGUCCAUUUAUGUCGACACGUGUUACUCGGGGUCAAUGUUCAACAAAAUCUUGCCUGAUAACAUUAAUGUCUAUGCCACAUCAUCAUCCAAUUAUACCGAGCUCAGUUGGUUCUGGAAUUACGAUGAUAAAUUGCAUACUUAUAUAAGCUCAUUCUUUGCAAACAAUUGGCUUGUAAAUGAUGAGGAAAAUGACCUGGAUAAGGAAACUCUUCAAAAGCAAUUUGAAUACUUUAAGCAGCACUCAGUUGUGAAUUAUACCCAGUAUCAUACGACACACCCUAUACACGCCCAACAGUAUGGUGACCUAUCAAUCAGUAAACUGACCGUGUCACAAUUUUUGGGUCAUAAACCUAAGGGACAGACUAAUACAGUGACCAAAUGGGAGCAAAAUAAUGAAGCGGUCAACAAAUGGGACGUUUCGCUGGAUUUACUUCUCAGACGUAUUGAUGAAACGGAGGAUAUCGAUGAGAAAAAUGGUUAUUUGCGAGAAUUGGAAAACCUAUACAAAGGUAGACAGUAUGUGGACAAACAUAUGACUGAAUACUUGAAUAGUAUUCAACACUUAAUGCCAAACAUCGCAACCAAUGCUAUACUCCAUACGAAACAAGAGCUCAAUAAUAGACACUGUUAUCGACAACUAGUGGACACCUUCCAUGAAAAUUGCUUUGAUUUGACCAAGAAUUCCUAUACAUUGAGAAAAAUGGAUAUUUUUGUCAAUAUAUGCGAGCAUUUAGGGCACGACUCCAAUGGUGUGAAUACAGCGGUCGACCAUUUGCUGCAAUACUGUCGACACAAUAUUCAACCAGAAUUUGCCACAAAUAUUGUUUAA